AUGCUUCAGGAUAGUAUAGCCGCGCAGAUAGAGCAGCACAAGAUGGUUCAGGAUGGAGUACUGUGGUGCUUGGGCGGAGGUGCUCUUUUCCUUCUUGGCUGUUACAAUGACAGACAGCUGUAUUUCCUGGAACGCAUCAAGAACAUGGAUAAGGACGAGGAUAAGGACAGGGAUGAUAUAUGGAUGAAGACUCAUAAACUCUUGAAUUCUACCACACAAGAAGUCCCACGGUAUUUGGCUGUCAAAGAUGGCAAUGGUACCAUUUCGAUUCGGGCACCGGACGGAGGACCAUUUUAUGUCUCUCCCCAUACCAUUGAUCAGCUCACUGGAGACAGUAGGAUUUGGGCAAGCUUCUGCUACUUUGCAGCUUUCGGUUUGACUGUGUAUGGUGCUGUCCAGACUGCUAAGCAUUCUAUCUGA